GUGGGUAAUGAGCAUGAGUAAAGAUAUAGUCAAUGAACUGCAUGGAGUUGGAGAGAUCAGAGACAGGCCACACACAGCAUGAAACAAGGCGCUUCAUCAACGCCAGGAGUGGUAUUGAGAGUGACAAGAUCACAGAAAGGAAAAAGAGUGCCAAUGAGCUAAAGGAGCUACUACAGCAGGCGCAUGUGUUGGACUACAUUGAUGCCUGUCGUGGAGGCGGGUCUCGGAAGGGAAGGGGGCGUGGCAGCGACGACGUGAGCUGGGUGUCCCUAUUCCAUAGCGUCCUGGUCUACAUUGACAAGGAGACGGACUGUAUCUCCAAACUGGAGGACAAGGGAAGCACCUCCACCAUGGCACUGUCUACCAGACUCAUGAGGAAGAAGGACAUUGCAGAGAUAUUCAAGGUGUACGUUCGAGCUGCCAACAAGAAGGGUCACCUACCUGUGAGUGAGGUGCUGGGUCACAUGCUGCACGUGCUUGACUCCAAGAUGCUGUGUGGAUGGGUGGGCACUGACUACAGUAACAUUCUGCUCAACCAUGUUCUGACAGUGCCCGAAUGUGUGGUGGUCAUAUCAACUCAGAAAUGGGAUGAGCUGAUCACUCUCUACUGCCGACUCUACCUCACUUCCCCAUCCAUAACCCACAAAGCUCUCAACACCAAGAUCAUCCAUUCCCUCAUCACCCACCUCUCUGUGCAGACUGACCCACCCACCUACAAACUCUACUGCUUCUUCAACAGGGCUUUCUCAAGCCUCUCAAAUGAGGAGACAGCUUCGAAGGUAAUCGAUCACUUGCUGGCUGCCUUCAACUCAUUCUCAGCCAGCCCUGCGGUGUACAAUGCCCGAGGGAGACUCUCUCAGUUAGGGGAGGAGGUUCUGCCGAGUGUGCUGAGUCUGUGGGGUAAGGCCACGACUGGCCUGAGGGAACAGAUGGUGGAGUUCCUUCGUUGUCAGGUGGCCAUACACCACCCCCUGGGUAGACACAGCGAUGAUACGGGAGCGUGGUCAUACAAGGACGAGGCCUUCAAGAAGAACAUGGAGAGACUCUAUGAUAACCUCAUCGAUGACUUUGAGUCGUCCUCUAGUAGACUGAGAUGGACAGGGAAGUGUGAAGGCAGUCAGCUGGUGGAUGUGCUGUCGUUAGCAACUGAUGUCAUCUACCAGGUCAUGUACCUCAGAGAGAGGCAGAGCACUCCAUCUGACCCCUCCGUGCAUCAAGAGAAGAGACACAAGCUGCAGACGUGCUGGGGGACACUAUGUGAUGGAGUGAGCAUGGGGGGAGAUAGCGGGUCCCUCCUCUCAUGGCUCCAGCUGAUCUCCUGGCUGCUGUCCAGAUGGCCUGACAGUCUGCCCAGGGACGAGACCCUCCCAUUACUCACUGCACUCACAAAGCUCCUCAGGGAGACCAAGCGAGGGGACUACAUUGUUUGGGUGAUGGUCUGCCUCUCUUCUCUCGCCAUGAACCCUGUCUCCCAGAGUGUAUCCAUGGCUGCUUGUCCCACAGCGGGCCAGGCUACUGACCAAUGGAGGAGAGUCUGGCUCUGCACUAUGAAGAUUCUAAGUGUGCACACUGCUGAAAUGGAGGGCUAUAAUCUGCUGACUCAGCUGCUGGAGUUGGGGCUGGUCAGUUGUGAUACGGAACCAUGGAAACUAUUUAACACGGCAUUCAAUCUCCCAACCAGACCUGUCACUUCAUUCAUUGCUUCUAUACUCCAAAACCACACCCUCCCUGAUCGGCCCCUCCCCCAUGUGACCACACCCUUCACCACACCCACUAUGAUGCCCACUCAGUCCCCUGGGGCCAAUGACCACACCCUCUGUCUCACAUCCUAUCCUCUACGCUCUCAGCUCCUCCGCUUCCUCCUCCCUCUCUCCCUCACGACUGAGCCGGGAGGGACCGAGGCUGGCCUUAGGAGACUCUCUCAUAGGAGAAUAAAACAGGCCAACAGCACCCCACCAGCUCUGGUGGCCCACCUCCUCAUAGCACUGACUCAGCGAUCAUGUUCCUCUGCUAAACUACCUUUCCUUAAAUCUUUCUACAUGCCGUCAAGUUCUUCCCAGUAUGUGCGCUCAAUGCUGGAGUCACCUGACGAAGGCCACGCCUCCCCUAUACCAAGCGAGUCUCAAAACGUUGAGAGUUUUGAGAAAAUUUAUCUUGAAUCAACGUUUGAUGUGGCAGUGAGUGUGCCUUGUCUGAGUGCAGUCACCAAGGAAACACUGACCCUCUCCAGAGAGAACACAAUACACAUCCUGCUCUCCCUGCUGCUAGAUCAGCUCUCAAAGAGAUCAGAGAUGUUGCUACAGCCCACCGACUUUCUUACGUUCCCCAAUGCUCGUGAGUACUGUCAGUACCUGUCUGUCAUUCUGGAGACCCAGGCCCACCAUUGCUCAGUGCUCCUGCACACAGCUCUCCUUCUCUGUCACUGCGAGGUCUGGAACUCUGUCAAAUCAUCACCUUCUUUCACCACCAUCUCUACCCUCCUCAAAGAGAUGGUCUCCAGUCUCAAGAGCCCUCAUUGGAGUAACGUAGAGAGACCACUCUAUUACCAAUCAGUGCGAGGAGUCCUGAUCACCCUCCGCCAUCUUGGCCACCAUCCUCACCUCGAGGCCCAGCGUCUCUCCCCCUCUGUGGCAGAGGCUGUUAGGAUGGUGAGGAGGCUGGCUGUGGAGGUGCUCCCUAAAGAAAUGAUGGAGCUCGUCCAAGUGCUCUCUCGAGGAAAGUUCCCCAGCCUCCCUCCGGCCUCCGUGAUCAGUGCUUUCAGUAUAGCGUCAAGCCGGUCAAAUUCCCGCCACCCCAGUGAGGCGGCCAGUAGUAGACACUCCUCCUCCAUGUCUGACGAUGAUCUGGAGCUCUCUGGGAACACUGUGGUCUCCUCGUUGGGGGACUCCAGUGGGUCGCAGUUCACCAGUCCUGAUUCCAUACUCAAUCCUAAUGUGCUGAGUCCCCGUGGCCAUUGUCAAGUGGAGGCUGCUCGGUUCAUCUCUUACUGUUAUAAGAACCAGGCGGCUGUCGGAACUAGCUCUGUGUUUGACUACAAAGCUGCUCUAUUGAGCAUGCUGGUGGAGGGCCACAACCUUAAGAAGCCAGUGCAUGUGCAGAUGAUUUUCGAGUCGCUACAAGUUCUGGCGAGUGGGGUGGAACCUCUGGAAGCAGCUGUGCUGGAUUCAAUCAUGGAUGUCUUUGGAGAGAUGUUGAAGGUACACCUGAAGAACCAGACCAUUUACCACAAGACCCUAGAGAGCUUAGCCUCGCUUACUAGUCAUCUCUGUCGCUGUGAACCCGGUGAACAUUGCGACACUGCCAGAGAGAGCUGUCAGUCCAUUCUGUCCGCCUUCUGGGGUUUGUACGUAGAGGGUUCGCUGCCUUCUAGAGUUAGAUUAAAAUUGGCCAAACUCUUGCAAACGCUAUUUAUGGAAGGCAAGAGCAGCCCCUGGACUAAUGUCAUCAUCAAGAGUAAGAAGAGGAAAAGCGAAGGCGGCUCACUAGAUUCAAAAACGAUCGAAGUUCGUGAGGCCCUGAUUCAGAUGGUUAACGAUAGCGAUCAUUGUGUGCGGAUGUGUGUGGCGAAGAUUGUCUCCUCUCUCUACCUGGACGUGCAUCGGAUGGAGGCAUACUAUCAGUCAGUCGAGGCUGCCCUGCCCCUGUUGCCAAGGAGAGAGCAGGAGAGCAUCUUUGAGAAGGUCUCCCAAACGCUCACUAAGGCGGAGAUGGUGGAGAGGAACCAAGACGAACUGAGUGUAGAGGAUGAGAGUGUGAACAGAGUGUCUAGCAUGAUAGCCACCAUUCAGUGUGAGGGAUGUGUGUCCCCUGUUUGUGAGAAGAAGGUCGUGUCAGUGCUCAUCACAGCAGUGGGCAAAGAACAGAUUGACUUUGAUUUAGCCAGAAAGGCUCUGGGCAAGAUGGCUGCCUACCUUGGAUACAGUGGGACCAGACAGCUGAUGGAGGACAUGCUGGUGACACUGGUCAGUAGCUGGAUGGAGGCUGGCCUCUCAUUAGACAAGUUCCCUGUCAAACUGAUGAACUACAACACAACCAAAGAGUUUGUGAGUGCAUACACUUCUCAAAUUGUCCCUUUCCUGGUGUUCAAGUGUGACGAGGCUACGCUGGACUCUCUGUCAGACCACACCCUAGCCACACCCCUCACCAUCCUUCUCAAGGACUCGCUACCUGCGUCCAUGGCCCUCAUCCUCACCAACCACGCCCAACAGGACAAACACGACAGUGAGGAGAGCAGUGAGGAGAGACGCAAGAGAGCCUCUGAGGCAAACAAACUGCUCGUCAAACAUCUCACACAAGAGGUUAUGAGCCAGACCAUCCUAGCAUGCAUGGACGACUUUGUUGUACAGCUGCUCACUAGAAUGUUUGAGCCACACGACUCGCGCUCCCAGCUGGCUAAAUACAUGGUGACCUCUGACCCCGAACCAUGUGCCCCUCACUUCCCCUCAUUGGCCAUACGAGCUACCCUCGACUACAUGCCUAGUUGCUAUGGCACUUCAACGUCUGGAACGUCCUUUUUAAAACUGCUCUCCAGAAGAAAAGACAACAUUCAGAGGAUCCUCCUCUCUCUGGCCGUGAGGAUACAAACUACUCAUCGAUCCUUUGAGAAGCGCCGCUACCUGCUAGCCUACCACCUCUUUGUGAAGCUAGUGUGUCGAGAGCUGGAGAGUGACCUGGAGAAUACUCGCUCCUUCAUCAUCAUGGACAUUGUGGCCACCGUUGUUAGAAUAUUGUCCAGUGGUUGUGUGGGGCAGCUGUUCCCUCUGUGCUGUGAUACCCUGGAGAGGGUGUGUAGGGCAGGCCUGGAGUCAUGCCCUGAGGAGCUCACUAGACACCUGCACUCGUUGGUGGCUCUGCUGACUGGGUUUGCUCAGAGUGGUUUCAGGGACAAGGCAAUGGGUCUACUGACAUACUUGCUGGACAAAGUGGCCCCUCAAUAUCUAGUGCACCUUGACCCCUUCCCUGAGUGCCAGCUGUUCUCUACUCUCAUUGCCAAGCAGGUGGAACUGAGACAGGAAGUGGGUGUGGCCACACUCACGGACGAGAUUGAUCGAUUCCUGACAGUGGGACAGCAAUGCCCUCAAGCCACGAGGACUGAGGCUCUGGCGUUCCUUCAGAAACUACUCCACAGCUCUAAGCUUGAACUGGCCUCUCUGGUCAAGCAAGGUCCAGCCAGCCGUGUCCUCCAGCUGAUCCAAGGUCUGGUGACCUACAGUCAGUCUGCCUCUACCACCACCGACCAUUCCUGUGAGGUGUCUCGCUGUCUGGGGGAGAUAGGACCCACUGACCUCGGCUGUAUCGCCAUACCAGUUAACAACGGGAAACAAGGGUCUUUUUCUACUCAGUGUGAUGACAUCACAGUAACUAUUCUACAUCAACUCGGACUGCUUCUACAAGACAAGCAGAUAUCUGUGGUUCAGGCAAGUGGUGAAUGUUUGCGGGGUAUCCUAGCAACCAAGAAAGGUCUAGUGGCUCUCAAGUCUUUGGAGGAUCACACUCACGACUGGUGCCUUUAUUUGGAGCCAUUUAGGCAGCAAAGAAAGAAAAAGACGUCCAAGGCAGCCUCUCGACCCUUGUCCUCUACCGGCCUGGUUGACCUCUCUGACCUCUGGGUUCCUGCAGAGUCUCAUGGGGAGUGGCUCACACGACUAGUAACGUCUCUCAUACGCUGUGAGGCAGUCACGGAUGAGGUGCUCCAGCUACUCGGGCCAGUCUGUAAAGUCAAGGUUGAACUUUGUGAGGAGGUGUUCCCUUACCUAAUUCACGACAUUCUCUCUCUGAACAAUGAAGAGUUUCGUCAAAUCCUCUCUCACAAUGUGCAGCUCUUCUUCACGGCCGUUGUGUCGGUCAUUUCCUCACGUCCCUCCACCCCCUCAUCCUCCACACAGGCACACCCCUCACACGUCACACCUGUGAACCCAGACUCCGUACGAACCAUGCUCAACAUGAUCAUGUACCUACGAACUGUGGACAGACCCAACCAAUCCCGUGGCCCUAGCACUCCCUGGGAUAACAACUUUUGGCUCGAUCUCAACUUCCUCAGUGUUGCUAUGGCAGCCCAGCAAUGCUCCGCCUACUUUACGUCGCUCCUCUACAUAGAGAUCUGGAAUGGCGUCAAGUCCUCAACUAAUGGCCGCCACCAUCGCAGUCGCAGCUCCUCCAGCUCUGUCUCUGAUGAACUGGACCACUCGGGAGAUAGCCUUGGGCGGAGUGCAGAGGUUAAAGCGCAAAGGUUAUUACUGGAAGCGUACAGUAGAAUCGGAGAGCCUGACAGUUUGUACGGGGCACGCUCUGCACAUGCGACUGAUGAGGCUACUAGAGUGAGACUGUACGAGCACGAGGGACAGUGGCACAAGGCUCUCAGUUCCUAUAGUCUCCAGAUGCAAGUGUCUGGGUCGUCAUGUGAAUCACGUGUUGCAGAGAGUCUCCAUCAGCUGGGGCUCACUCCGAUCCUCAACAUGUACCUGUGUGGUGUGGAGAGUGUGUGGGGUGAGGGGGCGAGUGGUGGGGAGGUGGAGGAGUACCAGUACGAGGCUUCCUGGAGGAUGACUCACUGGGGAGACCACACCCAGAGACACGCCCCUUUUGGACCGACCGGUGGGAAGGGUGGCUACCAUCAGAGUGUAUAUAACUGCAUCGCAGCAUUGAGGGACGGGGAACCAACCCUGGUAGAGAGCUGCCUCUCAGAAGCAAGGUGUCAUGUGAUCCAGCCGCUGUGUUCUGGUGGUCUGGAGAGCACGUAUAGCCUCUACCCGUCCCUCAGCAAGCUCCUCUCCCUACUAGAGCUGGAGGAGGCGAGUACCAGCGUCCUUGUAUCUCCCCAAUCCUCUCAAGACGCGGGGCUGGGAUUUCUUGACGACUGGGCUGUUAGACUACCUCACCUUGACUGUGACUACCAAUUCGUGGAGCCAGUGUUGGCACAGAGGCACUCUAUACUGCACUGUCUGUUGCAGGCUGCCGGUAGAGAGGGGAAGGGUCGGUCAGACGUGUGGACACGUAGGAGGGUGGAGGGUUUGUUCGGAGCUAUUAGGGACAAUAUGCUGACUCAGGCACAGCUGGCCAGGGAGGCUGGGAGAUAUCAGGUUGCCGAGGGAGGGCUGUUCAACCUGAAGCAGCUGCAAGCUCAUAGAAGUAGCUACAAUAUCCCCGACUCCCUGUGUCCAUCACUGUCCUGGAGGAUACAACUGGAGGAAGCAAAGAUUGAGUGGGAGAGGGGAGAGGGGCCCCUCGCCAUGGCUCUGUUGAAGUCCUUGCUGCACAAGUUUGGACAGCUGUCCCAGUUCCCGCCUGACGUGGUGGCCCUGUACCCACUGGCCCUCUCUCUGUACGGCAGCUGGCUUGCGGACACUCAGUCAGAGAGUCCCUCAGUCAUCAUGUCCAAAUACCUUGAGAAGUCUGUCUCCAUGAUGGCGGACCAGAGAGGCAGCUCUGGUGUGGUCAAGGCUUACCUCACUCUAGCUAGGUACUCAGACACUCAGUAUAAGAGGAUUCAGAGACACAUGGAGUCCAACUCAUUCCUAAACAAGAAGCAGCUGCUGGAGACCUCCAAACAAGAGCUACAUAAGAUACAAACCAUGUCCGUUGAUGCCGAGCAGAUAAGAAGACAUGUGCAUAUGCUCCAGGCUCAUAGCAGUGAGGACGAGAUAGCCAUGGGUAAUCUACUGGGGGAGAAGCAAGACUUCCUAGAGAAGGCGCUACACAACUACAUCCUCUGCCUCAAAGCUGGCGAUGAGCAUGACCUGAGAGUGUUUCGAUUGGUCGCUCUCUGGUUUGCUAACUCCAAUCUACCACAAGUCAACCAGAUCAUUACAAAUGGUGUGAAGACUCUUGAGACGAGGAAAUUCCUUCCUCUCAUGUACCAACUGGCUGCUAGGAUGAGUGCCCGAACUUUGGACUCUGACCCCUUCCAACAAACACUGCAAAGUAUCAUCUACCGGACGGCUUUGGACCACCCCCACCAUUGCUUGUACAGUAUCCUGGCUCUGAGCAAUGCUAGCAAGGACGACAAGUUCUCCAGCUCUGGUCAUGUGAGCGGCAAGAGCUCAGGGAGAACCAGUCGUCUCAGUCGCAAGGGAGGGAGUGGACGUUCUGUGGAUGAGGACAAAGUGAAGGCUGCAAGUGCCCUGAUCACAAAGCUUCGCAAACAGAACUCUGCUCUGAUCCAGUCUGCCGAGCAGCUGUGUGAUGCCUAUAUGGACCUGGCCUACCACGAUGUUUCGACUAUGAAGAACCAGAGAGGACCGUUCCCCCUACCCGCCAACUGCCCCCUCCUCAAGCUCACCAAGAGGGGAGCAGCCGUGCCCACUAUUGACAUCGAGGUGGACCCUAGCUGUGCAUAUGAGAAUGUGGUGUGUGUGGAUGGAUUUGAUCCAUUCUUUGAGCUGGCUGGCGGUGUGAACCUGCCCAAGGUCAUCUCCUGUGUGGGCUCGGACGGGAAGAGGAGGAGGCAACUAGUCAAGGGAAAGGAUGAUCUACGUCAGGAUGCAGUCAUGCAACAAGUGUUUGUGCUAGUCAACCGACUGCUCAAGAAGGAGCCCACCACCAGCAAGAGAAGGCUCUGUGUCCGCACAUACAAGGUGAUCCCGUUGUCUCAGCGCUCAGGUAUUGUGGAAUGGUGUGAGGAGACGUGUCCUCUGGGGCAGUAUCUGAUUGGCCCCCCUAGAAACCACCAGCAGGGGGCUCAUCAUCGCUACCAACCCAACGACUGGUCAUCAAUGGACUGCAGAAAGAAACUUACUGCAGCUGCAAGUGACCGGAAAUCCAAGAUCAAGGCCUACUCUGAGAUCUGCCGCCACUUUGUUCCUGUGUUCCACCAUUUCUUUAUGGAGAAGUUCCCCAGUCCCCCUCAGUGGUUUGAGAGGAGGCUCACGUACACCAGGAGUGUGGCAGCCUCGUCCAUCGUGGGCUACCUUCUUGGUCUGGGUGAUCGUCAUGUACAGAACAUUCUGAUUGACAAGAACACAGCAGAGUUCAUUCACAUUGACCUAGGAGUUGCAUUUGAGCAGGGCAAGACACUGCCAACUCCAGAGACUGUUCCAUUUCGUCUGACGAGGGAUGUGGUGGAUGGGAUGGGUAUAGCUGGGGUGGAGGGUGUGUUCAGACGCUGCUGUGAGAAGACCAUGGUUCUCAUGAGAGCACACCAGGAAGAACUGCGAACCAUAGUGGAGGUACUUCUCCAUGACCCCCUCUACCAAUGGACCCUGAGCCCCCUCAAGGCACUCCACCUCCAGAGAGCAGACACGUAUGACGACAUUCCCGCCACUCCCUCCGGCACGACCAUGGAGCUAGCCAGUGGGGCUAAUGGCACCAACAAGAUGGCAGAGAGAGUCCUGCUGAGACUGCAGGAGAAGUUGGGAGGGAUCGAGGAUGGAGUACCACUGAGUGUGAAUGGACAAGUGAACAGACUCAUCCAGGAAGCCACUGACCCUGCUAAUCUCUGUGUCCUCUUCCCUGGCUGGCAACCGUGGAUAUGAGAACUUAACUGACUUGAAUCAGCUAUCAUUAUACCCGGCCAUUCCACGUUUAUCUGUUUGUCACAGGUUUUGUUAGUUAUUAAUUAUUGUCAAAAUUCACUUAUACAGCACAUGUAUAUAAAAUUAAUUUAUCAUGUUAAUUAUUUCAUCAUAAUUAUAUAAUUUGCACCAUAAAU